GCGUUUCUCCGUCAGCGGUACACCUAAUCUCAGCACCAGGUCGCUGUCCACUGACAUCGACAGAGGUAAAGAUGUCUCAGGUGAAGCAGGUUGGCCUGUUGGCCGCUGGAUGUCAGCCCUGGAAUAAAGACGUGUGUGCUGCUAGUGGGGACAGAUUUGCAUAUUGUGCCACGCUCGCCAUAUAUGUGUAUCAACUUGAUCACAGAUAUAAUGAGUUUAAGCUGCGAGCGAUCAUGUCCGAACACAAGAAGACAAUCACAGCUAUAUCGUGGUGUCCACACAACCCUGAGGUGUUUGCCAGUGCCAGCGCUGAUAACCUGCUCAUCAUCUGGAAUGUAGCCGAGCAGAAGGCUGUCGCACGGCUAGAUAACACCAAAGGUAUCCCAGCGUCUCUAAGCUGGUGCUGGAAUGCAGGAGACAGUGUUGCAUUCGUAUCCCACCGGGGUCCUCUGUACAUUUGGACAAUCUCUGGACCAGACUCAGGAGUCACAGUGCACAAGGAGGCUCACAGCUUCCUCUCGGACAUCUGUUUGUUCCGCUGGCAUCCACUGAAGAAGGGGAAAGUUGUGUUUGGACACACUGACGGCAGUCUGUCUAUCUUUCAACCAGGCUCAAAGCACCAAAAACACGUACUGCGUCCAGAGUCUUUGGAAGGCACAGAUGAGGAGGAUCCCAUCACCGCUCUAGAGUGGGACCCUCUCAGCACAGACUACCUACUGGUGGCCAACAUGCACAAUGGCAUCAGACUGCUGGAUUCUGAGUCUCUUUGCUGCAUCACGACCUUUAGUUUUCCGAGCGCUGCUGCAUCAGUGCAGUGCCUGGCCUGGGUGCCCAGCGCCCCUGGCAUGUUUAUCACAGGGGAUUCUCAGGUUGGUGUGCUGAGAAUAUGGAACGUAUCAAGAGCGACUCCUCUGGAUAACUUCAAACUGAAGAAAACUGGCUUCCACGCACUUCAUGUUUUAAACUCCCCACCAGCAAAGAAAUCCUUUAGCUCGAAUUCUCCUUCCAAGAAUCACUACACCUCCUCCACUAGCGAGGCCGUGCCUCCACCCACUCUUUCCCAAAACCAGGCCUUCUCUCUCCCACCCGGACACGCUGUCUGCUGUUUCAUGGAUGGAGGGGUUGGACUAUAUGAUAUGGGCGCCAAAAAAUGGGACUUUCUACGUGAUCUGGGUCAUGUUGAAACUAUCUUCGACUGUAAAUUCAAGCCAGAUGACCCAAACCUUCUAGCUACGGCUUCAUUUGAUGGGACGAUAAAAGUCUGGGAUAUAAACACACUAACUGCUGUGUACACAUCUCCAGGCAAUGAGGGAGUAGUUUACUCUCUUUCCUGGGCCCCUGGAGACUUGAACUGCAUAGCAGGAGCCACGUCACGAAAUGGCGCCUUCAUUUGGGAUGUGAAAAAGGGGAAAAUGAUCACAAGAUUUAACGAGCAUGGGAAAAAUGGUAUUUUUUGUGUCGCUUGGAGCCAUAAAGACUCCAAAAGAAUAGCCACGUGCAGUGGAGAUGGAUUUUGCAUAAUUCGCACCAUUGAUGGUAAAGUUUUGCACAAAUACAAACACCCAGCAGCAGUUUUUGGCUGUGACUGGAGUCAAAACAACAAAGAUAUGAUUGCCACUGGCUGCGAGGACAAGAAUGUUCGAGUCUAUUACUUAGCCACCAGUUCAGACCAGCCACUGAAAGUUUUUACAGGCCACACAGCCAAAGUAUUCCAUGUGCGCUGGUCACCUCUCAGAGAGGGCAUACUGUGCAGCGGGUCUGAUGAUGGGACUGUUCGCAUCUGGGAUUAUACCCAAGACGCUUGCAUUAACGUGCUGAGUGGCCACACCGCUCCAGUGCGGGGUCUUAUGUGGAACACAGAGGUGCCGUAUCUUUUGACCUCUGGGAGCUGGGACUACACCAUUCGUGUCUGGGACACCAGAGACGGCACCUGUCUAGACACUGUAUAUGACCAUGGAGCUGACGUCUAUGGUCUGACAUGUCACCCUAGCCGUCCAUUCACCAUGGCUUCCUGUUCCAGAGACUCUACGGUCAGACUUUGGUCACUCACUCCUCUAAUCGCUCCCUUGGUAGUCAACAUCCUGACUGACCACAGCUGGGACGACAUCAUUGGCAACACAGAUCGUGCUAUGGUUCCCGGGGCCCCUCCUCUCCUGUGUGGAAAGGUUUCCCGAGAUAUCAAACAGGAGCUGGAUAAACUCUCAAGUGACGUGCGCAUGAAGAAGCUGCGGUGGUUCUCCGAGUGUUUCUCUCCACCAGGAGGGAGUCACAACCUGUGGGAUCUGGUUGCUGUAAUCAACGGACAGGAUGAUAGUCUUCUUCCACAGUACUAUGGGCAGGGCAUCAUGCAUAUGAAACACUUGGUCCGCUUUAAAACUUCUGAAGCACAAGAGCUGACCAUUGUAAAGAUGUCAAAGUUCGGGGGAGGUAUUGGAGCACCGAGUAAAGAGGAAAGGCUCAAGAAUGCAGCUGAAAUCCAUAUCAGACUGGGUCAAAUCCAGAGAUACUGUGAGCUUAUGGUGGAACUGGGAGAGUGGGAGAAGGCUCUAUCCGUGGCCCCUGGUGUUUCCAUGAAGUACUGGAAAAAGCUCAUGCAAAGGAGAGCAGACCAGCUCAUGCAAGAGGGCAAUGAUGAUGUCAUCCCGUACUGCAUCGCCACCGGUGAGGUAAAGAAGCUAGUAAAUUUCUUCACCUCCAGAGGUCAGCUGAAGGAAGCUGUGCUGGUGGCUCAGGGUGCUUGUGAAGGGAAUAUCCAUGGCCCUCAGAAUGCAUCAAUAAACCAUGCAGCAAACUCAGACAAUGACAACAUAGAAAAGUACUGCGGGAUGUUGCACAGGGUGUGUAAAGAGCUGGCAGAGUGGUAUUUUCAAGACGGCCGUGCUGUGCUGGCAGGUUGCUGUCAUCUAGCUGUAGACAACACAGAACUGGCCAUGGCAUCUCUGAUCAGAGGCAAUGAGCUGGAGCUGGCGGUGUGUGUGGGCACAGUCCUGGGAGAAUCAGCCAGUAAAGCCACCCACUACGUUCUGGAGCUCUUGGCCAGAAAAUACAUGACCACUGCCACCUGCUUUCCAUCUGUGGCACACAGGGAUCUUGCAGCCAGAUUACUCCAGAUGAUCCCUGAUAAUGAGAUCUUGUUAGCCAAACUGUGUGCCUUCUACCCUGGCAGCUCUGCCGAAAUCAACGACCUGCACGAAAAGUGUGGUCUAGCAAGCUUAGAGCAAUGUAAAGAGCUUGCUGAAAGUGCACAAUCUGAGGGAGAAAUCUUCCAGGCAGUAAAGUAUUACCUCCUAAGCCCAGAACCAGAGAAGGCUCUUCCAAUAGGAAUCUCGUAUGUCAAAGAGCAGCUGAGCUCACCUGACUGGGUAGUGGACUCUGUUUACCACAUCUUAGACCUGUUGAGCUACAUCAGAACAGACCGACUUAUUCUCCCAAAGUGUAGUGAAGAACGCAACGAGCUGCUUAUUCUCUGUGGGUAUAUAGGUGCACUGUUAGCCAUUGGAAGACAGUAUUCGAGUAUAGUGCCAGCACUAUAUGAAUACACAAGUCAGCUGCUGAAGAGGAGAGAAGUUGCUGUGCCUUUGCAGAUAGAGCAGUUGUCUGUAGAGUUGGAGGCCUGGAGAACCUGCACACAAUCCCUUAAAGUGGCAGAUGACAGUUUGUACACUCAACCAUCUGAGGCCCAGAAAACAGAGUACAGCCAAAUAUUGAGUCGAAUGAGAGAGGAGCCCAUCAAGGGUCUUGAGGGUCCAGAUUAUGUGACUGGCUCCAACUUACCCAGCCAUUCUGACGUCCAGAUUUCCUGCUUCACCGGCCUCAGGAUACAGGGUCCAGCGUUCUUCCUGGAAGACGGCAAAUCAGCUAUUUCACUCAACGAUGCCUUGAUGUGGGCAAAAGUGAACCCUUUCUCUCCACUAGGGACGGGCGUACGCCUCAACCCAUUCUGAGCACAAAUACAACAAAUGUGAGCAGUAUUUUUGGUGGCUUCAGCUCUGGAAAAUCAGCAUCUUGAAAGAAGACAACAUUCCUGUUUUCUCUCUGAAAUCUUGAUGUACAACAUAUAACAGCAGAAUGUCACGUUGUGUUCAAAUCCACUUUCGUUGAGGCUUUGCCACCAUUCCAUGCUUAUUACAUUCAGGAUUGCAGUUUUUAUGCAAAGAAUUACAGCAAAACAAAAGUGCUGCUAGCGAAUACACACACAUCCACAGGAAAGACCAACAGCACAAUUGCAGGAGGGUUAUUUCUUUUAUACAAUAGUUCCGUUAACAUGAGGAAAAUAUAAAGCAGUUUUUCUAAAAUAAAACAGCAAAGCAACAACCAUUGGACAAAUAUCAAGCUAAUUUCAAGCUCAGAUACAAUUAGAACACCAGAACUAUUGUAUAAAGAGAUUUUAAUGCUGGAGACGGUCAUGAAGAUAUGUAUAAAGCAGAAUAUUUAAUGCCUUUCUUCCUCAUCCUACAACAGAAGCAGGUUCAGGUUUUCAGGUUUAGAUGUUCAAUCUAUAGCUUAAAGAUUGUAAUUUAGUCGAUGAUAUUGAGUUUGAUCAUUUGCAUCAUGAAUUUGAAAUGUCUCACAAGUAGAUCUAACUUAUUUCAAGACGAGUACAGGGUAUUCAUCUGCACAUUUUCUUUGUUUGUUUGCGUAUUUGAUUUCAUGAACAAAGGCAAAGUAGUUUUCCGUCUGAAAUCAAUUGUCUUGCCUGUUAUAUGUGGACUAAUAUUUCAGUAGAACCAAAUAUUAGAACUGAGGGUUUGAAGCCUCAUGUUGUAACAAUCAAUAUUUAAUGAUAGUUCAUUUCAUUUAGGAACUUUUGUGAAUGGUUAAACAGAGCAGCUAUGAGGCCAGAGAUGUAAUAUUUAUGUUCAUAAAUUAUUGCAACGCUAUUCACAAUGAGUUUCAGUCUCGCUGUUCUAUUCAAUAUAUGUCUAUAUAUGUCUGUUUAGGCAAUACGUUUGAGAAAUUGCACAUAUGGAGUGAGAAAACAAGACAUUUCUGCUGAUACAUAGCUAUAUGUUAUGUAUUUCUGGAAUUGUUGAAUAGAGUGUGAUUUGCAUUGUAAAAAAACAUCAGUUGCAAUUGUUGUCACACAUAACUCACACAUAAAGUGGCUUUGAGGAAUUAUUUAAUAAGAUAUUUUGGUUUUAUUUUAGAAGAGCCAGAUACAGAACCUAUUUUCAUCAAAUUGCACUGUGAAAUGUAUUUAUUUGUAUAUAGUUUUGUUCUAGAAUCGAUGUUUAAAUUAGAGCUCAAAUGAAUGUACAUAUUGAAUAUCAUUGUUCAUGCAACAGAGGUCUUAAAUCAGACUGAACCCGGACCUGUCUAAAUUCUGCAUGCUACAAGUGUCUUGUCUGUUUAUUUUGACUGAGGAUAUCAUAAAUGUUCAAGGAGAGAGUCUUAUAUAUAUAUGAACCGGCAGGAACUGUAUCAUUUACAAUCACCU